AUGGGCAUGGACAAACCGUGGACUCAGCAAGCUAUUGACAAGUUCUUCGCGACCCGAGAAUCUCCUACUCAAGCAGAGUGCGAUGACCAUGCCCGCAAGAUCUCUGGUGCUUCCACAGUCCAGCAAGUUGCCGUUCCAGGCUCACUGAGCUACACAGUCCGCUGCAAAGAUUUCCCUAGCGUAGAGCGUGAUUUGAUUGUGUCCUUUCGGCAAGUCGAGUCAUCCCUAGAUCAUGGUGUCCUCAAUUUGGCAAGAUCUAUCCACGGCGCAUUAGUCCCAGAACCUGUCUUCCGUGGCAAAAUGCCUAAUUCAAACCCGCCCCUUCUGGUCUAUACGAUGCCAUAUUUGCCAGGCAUCCCUUGCCUAGAGGCUCUCGCGAGCAAAACCGGGUUGAGCCUCGAUGAGCAGAGCAGACAUAUAUGUUUUGCCAAGCAUCUAGCCAGAUAUUUUGCUCGGUGUUGGUUAAGUCCGCAGCCGGUUGACCCUGAAGCGCAAGCAGACUUCCGGAAGAGAGUCUACCGCCAACUCAUGAAAUUCAAGACCUCCCCCCUUUCCUGCACGAUAAUCGUUGAAUUAGAACGCAGCCUUCCGAUUCUCUUCGGCCAGACGUACCCACAAGUCCUUACACACAACGACCUUUCUCAAACAAAUAUCUUGCUAAAUGAGGAAUCUUUUGAGAUCACAGGUGUCGUCGAUUGGUCCCUGGCCGGAGUGCAACCCUUUGGCAUGGACCUAGACUCCCUUCUAUUAGCGACUGGCUAUAUGGAUCUCAACGGCUGGCACAAUUACCCAUGCCGCUUGCAAAUGCUUAAUGCCUUUUGGGACGAGUUUUGGAUUCACUGCCAAAUUCACGACGAUAUACGCCAGCGAGAGAUCCGUGCCUCUGCAAUGCAGGCCGCCAAAGUAGGCGCUGUGUUGCACUACGCAUUCCAGCGCAACGCCAAUGGUUCCCCAUCCGAGGAGCUGACGACUUCUAAAUGGGCCUUGAAAACUCUGAAUGCUAUGCUUACGGCCUAG